AUGAAGGGUUCAACUAGGCUUUUUUUUCGCUUAAGCCAGCCCAUUUUGAAAAAUGAAGAUUAUAUUACCUCGAAAUAUAGACACUUGAAAUCUGAAUACAAAACUCCCAAAUAUCCACUCGUUUUGUGCCACGGGUUCUCUGGGUUUGAUAAAUUGACACUUUUUGCCAAACCACAAUUGGCUUUUGAUCAAGCUAUUCUGGCAGCAGAGCAGUUGAAGAAAUCCAGCGAGGAGAAGAGAAGAGAAAAGGAGCAUAAUCAGGCUCAGCUGUUGAUCUCAUUGAGUUAUUGGCGUGGUAUUCAGGAGGCAUUGGAGAAUCUAGGGUCCACUGUUUUCAUAGCAAAAGUUCCUGCAUUUGGAGAUAUCAAAAGCCGAGCAAUAAGUUUAGACAAGUUUAUCACUAAGCAAUGUAAGAUACUUCGUGAGUCCGAGUCAAAGAAAAGUAUUUAUAAUGACGAGAAACACAAGAACGAAGCUGAUCCAAGAACAUUUAAGCAGAAAAAUCAACCUAUAAAGAUUAAUCUCAUAAGCCAUUCAAUGGGAGGUCUCGAUUGUCGAUACCUUAUAUCCAAGGUGCAUCGCAAAGAUGAAAUAUAUAGAAUUGUUUCACUAACUACAAUUUCAACUCCACACCAUGGUUCAGAAGUUGCUGAUUUUAUAGUUGACCAAGUGGGCCAGAAUUCCGUUCUCGAACAGAUAUGCCCGAGAUCGAUAUACGAAUUAACGACAAAAAAGAUGAAGGAAUUUAACAAGGAUGUAGUGGAUGUCCCCAAUGUGAAGUAUUUUUCAUUUGGAGCUAAAUUCAACCCCCGAUGGUAUAAUUUAUUUAACGUUACAUGGCUUAUUAUGAAACACGAAAUUGAAAAGAAUGCUUCCAAAAAGGCAUUAAAAGAAGACAAGACACGAGCAAACAAUUGUAUUGACAAGAACAAGUUGAUUGAUAAUGAUGGUUUGGUAAGCGUGGAGAGCUCCAAAUGGGGGCAAUAUAUUGGUACUUUGGAUAACGUUGAUCAUCUAGAUUUGAUAAACUGGACAAAUCAGGCGAGGUUGGAAUUCGACAAACUUAUGUGGGCACAGGACCCUCCGUUCAACCCAAUUGCUUUGUACUUGGACAUUGCAGAUAAACUUGCUCAUAGAGGUUUAUAG